AUGGCACAUCAAAAAGAACAUGCAUCACGGAAGCAGGUGCGUCGGCCGGCCGGCUCGCGCAUCCCGUCGCCGGUGCGGUACGGCUUGGCCACAAUUGCCGUCGCCACCGCCGUUGGGUAGGGCGUAAACCGGUGGGUUGUUGACAACCCCAUCGGCUUCUCCCACUACACAGCGUCUGCCGUCGACUGGAACGCUCGGCGCGAGGCAGUGAAGGAGACGUUCGCCGCAAGUUGGCAGGCUUAUACGCAGUAUGCCUGGGGUCAAGACCGGUACCACCCCGUCACGGCACGGGGCUCGCAGAUGAGCCCUCAGGGGCUGGGCUGGAUCAUUGUCGACAGUCUUGACACCAUGAUGGUCAUGAACCUGACGGGCCCACUGGCCGAGUCGCGCAAGUGGCUGCACCGCAGCCUGACAUACGACCAAGACCAGGAUGUCAGCACCUUUGAGACCACCAUCCGCAUGUUGGGCGGGCUGCUCGGGGCACACUACCUCGCCGGCCGCCUGCCUGACGUGGCCUCGCGCCGCGACACUGUCUACCUGGCCAAGGCGGUUGAACUGGCCGACCACCUGCUGCCCGCGUACGAGUCGCGCUCAGGCAUCCCCUACGCGAGCGUGCACCUCGGCAGAAGAAAAGGGCUACCAUCGCACGCCGACGGCGGCGCGUCGUCCAUGGCCGAGGCGGCUACGCUACAGCUCGAGAUGAAAUACCUGUCGCACCUUACGGGCGACGAGCGCUACUGGCGCAAGGCCGAGAAGGUGAUGCAGGUGCUGGAUGACAAUGCCAAGGAAGCCGGGCUGCUACAAAUCUUUGUCCACCCGGAGACUGGCCAGUUCACGACACCGGAGAUCGGACUUGGCAGUCGUGGUGACUCGUAUUACGAAUAUCUCAUCAAGCAAUACCUGCAGACCUCAGGCGACGAGCCCAUCUACCUCGACAUGUGGGAGGAGGCACUCGCGGGGAUCCAGACCCACCUGGUCACGACAACGCGCAGGAGCGGGCUCAAAUUCGUCGCCGAGCUGCCGCGGGGCAUCGGCGGCAAGCUCUCGCCCAAGAUGGAUCACCUGGUGUGCUUCCUGCCGGGCGCCAUCGCGCUCGGCGUCACAGGCGGCCACACUCUGGCCGAGGCGCGCGCCCGGCCCGGGGGUUUCUGGACGCCAGAAAAGGAGCAGCAGAUGCAGCUCGCGGGGGAGCUCAUGAAGACGUGCUGGGGCAUGUACGCCGUGACGCUGACGGGGCUGGCUCCCGAGAUUGUGUGGUUCGAUGCUGCUGAGGAAGACCUCCGCCCGCGGCCCAAGGGGAACUUGAACCGAACUCGGAGCAGCGACUUGCGCGGUCGCAUGCAGCGCGACUCGCUGGCUGCGUGGAGGGAGGAUUUUGUCAUCAAACCGCUGGACGCGCACAACCUGCAGCGGCCCGAGACGGUUGAGAGCUUGUUCGUGAUGUGGCGCGUGACGGAGGACCUGCUGUACCGCGAAUGGGGAUGGAAGAUCUUCAGGGCAUUUGACAAGUGGACUAACGCUGGUUUGGAUAAGGGCUACACGUCGGUCAACGAUGUGAAUAAGAUCCCGCCGCCGUUCCGGGAUAACAUGGAGAGCUUUUGGCUGGCUGAAACCCUCAAGUACCUGUACUUGCUCUUCUCGCCGAGUGAUUUCCUGCCGCUGCACGAGGUCGUCUUCAACACCGAGGCGCACAUCUUGCCGCGCUUCAGGAGCAAGUGGAAGACGGGAUGGCAGCGGAAAGGAAACCGGUAGAGCAGGGGGCUUUGAUUUUCUCUCACUCUCUCUCUCAUGUGUCGUAUGUAUGUACAAUACAUACGUAGCCGCCAUCACGACAUCGUGGAUACGUGGCUCUAUGCUGGCGCUGGUGCCGGACUGAUCCAGAUCAGCUCUGACGAGAACGUCAGGGUGCAACCUGAACCGAGCCUCCGACUCCCGAGGUUACAUUGGUGGCGUUUAGGGCUUGGAGU